AUGCUGAGCCCGACUUUUGUUCUGUGGGAUUUGGGGUAUCCCUUAUAUACCUAUGGCUCCAUCUUCAUUAUUAUCCUAAUUAUCUGGCAAGUGAAAAAGAGUUACCAUGGAUUAACAGAACACAAAAGGAGCUGCUGCCGGCGUCACUGGAAAGUCAAACGAAGGGCUAGAUAUGCAGUAUCAAGAGCUAGGAGGCUUUCCCGGAAAGAAGCUGAGAAGCCGUGGGAGCUGCUCUCUAUCAUGAGAAGCCAGGGCUGGCUUCCUGAGGAGGGGAGUGUGCGGCGGCUCCUGUGUGCUGAUCCCUGCUGCCAGACCUGCAAUGCCGUGGCUCUGGAGAUUCAGCAGUUGGUGGUGGGUGGCCCCACUUCACAGGGGUCAUCGCAGGGCUCCUCUUGCCUAGAGGUUUUGUCCACAUCUAAUGUGUCUUUUGAACAGAGUCUGGAGCAUCACUGCCCACACUCCAAAGACUUUGCACUUCCGUCUGCAACCCUCACAGUGUCACAGAAAUCCUUAACCCAGUCAACUGGUGCAGCCAGCAUCUAUGAUUACUGGGCUGAACACCUCAAGCUAAGGCAGGGAUUUCAAGUGCUAGAGGUGCCCGGGGGCCCAGAGACUAUGUUUUCUUCAGGGAUUGAAGAACCUAGCGUUUCAGUGAACUUGCAGGAGGUGAUGCAGAGCAACCUCAGCCUUGUCUAUGGGAACCAAGGCCAGCAGCCCUUAAAUUCCCAGGUCUCUCUGCUGACCCUGAACCGAGAAAUUACUACCCUGACACAUCCUAUGGCCUUGCAGGUGGUCAGUGUCCUCCCUCCCCACCUGCCGUUCCUGAGUCCUGAAGUCUUGAGGCUUCUAGAGGUACAUGUAAAAAAAUGGAUGCAUUUCCAGAGGUGGGGGCUCCCCAGACGUGUAGAAGAGUCCCUGAGGCAGCUUAUGCCAAAUCCACCAUUAUUUUACCAACCUAUGUAUAACCAACGCGUGUCUUUCCUUCAGAAUGGUACUUCUCAGUUCUCUGUUGAGAAAUCUGGGACCAUUUCAUAUCAGAACUGGCGUUCAUGUAUGGCUGGCCAGCCUACCCAGGCCUUCUGGGUUUCUGAAUGGUCCGUAAUGGACUCAGAACAAAGACACUGCUACCAGCAAACCCCAAACCGUAUGGCUCUUGCCUUACCCUCUUCAGCCCUUAAAGAAUUAAAUUAUCUUUGUAUAAUGCCAGGGCAACAGGCUGAUGCCUCAGUGGGCCAUGUGCAGCCAAAAUACAGCCAGCUAUACUGUGGUCUCCCUUCUCUGCACAGUGAGUCCCUGGUUGACACCUUCUUGGGUUCUCAAGGCCUCUCCAUGAAUGAGAGCGUGUCCAAGCCCCCCUUGAAGGAUCCUUUUAUCUUCAAGGAACUCUCCUUCCUCCCUCUGCUACCUGAAACUCCACCUCAGUCAGCUCCACCCUCUUCUCUGUCUUCUCAAAAUGGGGUUGCUCCACCUGACCACCACCAAGCUCCGAUCAGUGUCCCAUUUCUGACUCUGGAUGAAUGUGAAGCCUUGGAGUGGCACCUGCUGCAGAGGCAGCUCCAGCUUCAGUGGAACGUGCCAGAUGUUUUCCAGAGAGAUCAACACACCCAGAGCCCUGUGCAGUACAAGCCCUGUGACAAAGUCCAGUCUUCUGAGACUGUGAAAACUUCCUGGCUAGGGCAGCCCGUCUCAGUCCUCACAAGGGAGCUACCCUUCCCACAACAGCAUGCCAGGAGGCUGCUGGGAUUCCACCUCCAGAGGCGGUUGAUUCACCACCGCUGGGGCCUGCCCAAGAAGGUCCAGCAGUCCAUUCAGUUGCUCCUGUCCCCUGCUGACCAGCAGACGAUGUCCUGGAGCAGCACAGCCCUGGACAGUGUGAAUGGCCCCCAGCCUACAUCUCUAGAGGACACUGGGGCUGGUGACCCAUUCUCACCCAUGGCGGACCCAGAGUCAGUCCCCAUGCCACACCUGUUUGAACAGGCCAAGGCAAUAUUGCAGAGCCAUAUCGACUCCAAAUCCGGGCAGAUUCACCAGGGCAAUGUCCCUACCUGUGUAUGUAGCUCUUGGGAGUGCAUGAUUCCUGGCAGCCUGGAAGUGGCUUCCUUCACCCGCAUCCCAGAAAGCAAGCCUCUGGAACUACAAGCAGCAACUGACCCGGGCCUACAGCAGAAAGUUACAUCCUGGAUGCCAACGGCCCUUGAUCAGCAGCAGCAAGCCUCACCAGAUGCUGUCACUGAACAUCCUAAGCUGCCCCAAGCCCUGUCCAAGGGAGUCAUUGAGAAACUGGAGACAAGUUUACGUCACAAAUAUCUGGCCUUCUUGUCAGGGCUGCCUGCUCUUUAUUAUGUGGCUCUCUCCAGGGCCAUGGACCCAGCAUUUACUUCCCAAGCUGAGGUCACAGAGGUGGCUCCUGAGCCUAUUGAAUUCCCAACAGAACCUCUGGCUCAGAGGACCUCACCUGAAGAGAAGGGUCUAAGUCAGAGUCUGAGUCCUGGGCCAGGCUUUCAAGAUGCCAACAAGGCUUGUGCAGACAUUGCAGAUGAAGUCCAGGCUGAAGUGCAAGUGGAAGGAGUAACUGAGACAGUGCCUCUAGAAAGUCAGACAGAGCCUAGGAGGCCCUGCUCACUUGGGGAACACAUUUUGGCCAAACUAAAUUUCCAUCUGAGAAAGAAGAUCCUAGAGAUGCAACUGGGAAUUCCCAUAAAGGUAAGGGAGUCUAGGGGACAAAUUGUAGCACCCUCAGAGGACAUAUACGCACAGGAGCCUCUAGGGAAUCUAAACAACCAAGGAAACACACUGCUCCAGGAACUCCCCAUCCCACCAGAUACGCCACGUGCCCCAGAUCCAGAAUGGCUCCACCUCAAACAACAACUGGGCCCUGAGUUAAAGGCAGUGCAUCAGAAACAGAAGCAACCCAGUUCCAGUGCAGUACCCCACAGUUCUGUCCACUGUGCCUCUAAUAUCUCGCAACCCAGUGGGAAUAUGACAGAGGCCCGGGUGCUUUGUGUUCAGCUAGAGGCCACUGUGAACAACCCCAGCCUGGAGGAGUCCUGGAGCUCUGAGCCCCAAAGCCCCGACAAGCGCAAGGUCUCAGGCCAAGUCCCCACACUGGCAGAAAAGAGAGAGCAGCCAGGCAAAUCCAAAUUGGCCGGGGACCAUGGGGAAGGGGAUGCUGGGUUUGCAACCUCCUCCACAAGAGAAAAAAGCCCCUCUGCUGAAGCCCGGAGGCCAGAAGGGAUGCUUCUGAACAGGACACCUCGCAGCCCCCGGCAACGGCGACGUCGCUUUCACCCUGACGCUCCCUGUCAACACAGUCCCCAGCAUCGCCCUCAGCGUAAACUCCCAGAGCUAGCUCCUGGAGUCCCUAGGGGGAAAGAGUCUGAGAAGAAUGACCUGCAAGACAGUCAAGUCAAACUCAAUGUCAUCCUCAAACCAGCAAGGGUUCCUGAGAAUGCCCAGCCUGUGGUGCCCCAGGCGUCACAGGGCCAGCCUUUCCUGGGCCAGCUCAUUCCGGGUAAGCCAUUGCGGGGCCAGACUUUACAAGGUCAGGUUUUUCAGGGGCAGGUGAUGCAAGGCCAUACUCACAAGAGGCCCAGCCUUCCACAAUCUAGCUUGAAAAAUAAGAUGAAAUCUUUUCUGCGCUGUAUUAACCCCAAGACCAAAGGCAAAGGGCAUGAGGAAUCCAUGUCUUCCACAUCUGAGAAAGUGGCCAACACCAGAAAAGAAAAUGCUGCAAAGAGUCUGGUUCCAGCCAAAAGUCCCAAGGGGCGAGCUAAGACAGAAAAGACAAGAGGGGACCCUAAAGCCCAAUUUUUGCCCACUGAGAAGAAGGUGGGCUUGACCCUCUUGGAUGUUACGCACUCCCCAGACCGUAAGCUCCGGCACCUCUCCCACUCCCAUCAACUCCACUCUGCCUCAGUCCUGGGCCCCCCCCGCCACUGCCCUCGGCACAGUCCUCGAGUAGCUUGUGCCACUCAGCUAGGGAACCCACCCUAA